AUGAGCUCAGAGCAACACGAAAACGAAAGGCCUUCUGCUCCGCCCUUGUGUGCGAAGAACUGCGGCUUCUACGGCAGCCCAGCUAACCGUAACCUCUGUUCAAAAUGUUACCGGGAAUUCUUGAAGGCGGAAAGUGCAGCUGCUACAGCUGCUGCUGCUUGCAGACGCGCACUGCCGCAGCAGCAGCAAAACUCCGACGCUGUUGCUGGAGACACGUCGUCAGCAGUUCCCGCAGAGCAGUCCAGCGCAGCACGUUCACAGCUGAAGGCAGUUACGGAGCCGUCAGAUGCCAUAGGGCCUGCUGCCGUUGCAGCGACAGAAGCAACAGCUGCUGCGGCUACUGUGGCGGCGGAAAGCUGUGGCGAAGAGGCGACUGCACCUACGCAAGAACCUGCUGAUGAUGCUGCUGCAGUUGGACUAGCCCCGGCCGCAGUGCCUUCAACGGCAUCAGAUCCCCAACCUGGCGUAGCAGCAACGCCAGAAGCGACAGCAGCAGCAGCAGCCGCAACUAGCAUGACAAGCUCCUCCCCUGUCGAAAGCACAGACACUGCAGCACCGCCCUCCCCUUCCUCUGCACCAGCCUCUUCAAGUCAAGGCAGGGGGAAAACAUCGCGUUGCCACAAGUGCAACAAGAAGGUCGGGCUGUUGGGCUUUGUAUGCCGCUGCGGUUUCGCCUUUUGUGGGGAGCACCGCUACGCCGAUGCGCAUGGGUGCGUGUUUGACUACAAGGCGUUCGAGCGCGAGCAGCUGAGGAAGCAAAACAAUAAAGUCGUUGCAGACAAACUCCAGAAGCUUUGA